AUGUUCCAACGCUUUGUGUCUAUCGUCGUUUUAGCCAGUUUUGUUCUCAGUUGGGCGGGCAUCACGCGGGGGAUUAGCCUGAGGAGGACGACGAGAAGUCGCGGUGUUUCUUUUACGCCUCUCAAUGUUGGCCCGAAGAAACGGAGGAAAGAGUUGGUUGGGUUAGUUUAG